CCAAACAAUUGUUGGUACAUGGCAUGGUUGCGCUGGACGUGGUCAUUUGGCAGACUCCGCCCAGUCUACACUUGUCCCUACCUUCCACAGACAAGAGCAUAGGCGCUGUCAGGUUUCACUACACCAUCAACAACCGUGAAUACCAGGCUCAGGCCACCCAGACAGGUGAAGGCUGGCGGUACACGAUCCCCCAGCUGCUGCCUGGGGUCGCUGGGGUGUUCCAUGUCUACGCUGUGGUCUAUGACGUCGAGGGCAAACACUUGCUGACUACAGCUAAGAGUUCCCUAGAGCUGGAUCGCACAUCCCAAGUGGCACGUCUUCCCACGCGCCGCCUGCGAGGGGCAGCCUACUUCCGGGAUGACUUCAAUAGCCUCAGCCGCUCCAACUGGGACAUCGAAGUGUCCAUGUAUGGUGGAUGGAAUGGGGAGUUCCAAGUCUACACCAAUGACCCAAAGAACGUGUUCACGCGAGGAGGUGGCAGUCUAUAUCUCAAACCUGUAAGCCUACACAGACAUGUAUCACUGUUCGGAUAUUGCUCGGAAGCCGCGGAGAACGGAUGUACCAGACGUGGAUCUAACGGACUGUUGCCUCCAGUCAUGUCCGGGAAGGUCAACAGUGUUCCCACCAUGAAAUAUGGCGUCCUGGAGGUGCGGGCCAAGGUUCCCAGGGGCAACUGGCUUUGGCCGGCUAUUUGGAUGCUACCUAAGGACAGCGUCUAUGGUUCUUCACCUCGUUCUGGAGAGAUUGACGUCAUGGAGUAUUACG